AGAACUGUUACGUUUCAUUCUGCGUGUAACCCUUGUUGCACAGGACCUUUGGGACCAAGCAAUGCGAACGUCACAGUCCUGCAUCUUUUCAAGAAAACGAUGACACGUCUUUGAAAAAGUUUGGCCCCCUUCAAUCUGCAAGAUUGUCGUCUGCAUUUUUGCCUGCACGAAAGUUCAUCUCUUCAAUCAUUUUCUGUGGCUGUCUUGAGACUGCCACUCACUUCCUCAGCACAUGAAGGCUGCGGGCGCGAGGGGUGACAACAGCGUUGCUCUACUUCACCCUAACCGUGGCUCUACGGUCUGACAAACCAUCUGGACCGAAGGGGUUUUAAAUAAGUGUCGGUUUGGUGAUACGAAUUCUCUGAGCGGCAGGCAAGCGGAGGGGCAAGAUACAACGUGUUGGAAGUGUCAAAAAAAGACGAAUCAGAUCAGAGGAAGAAGGAAGUAGCAAGCUGACUGUAAAGAAUGAACUCUUAAGAAUACACAAUUUGUUGUGUGUGCGUGGGUGCCCUUGAAAGAGAGAAUGUGUGCGAGUGUGUCCGCGCGUGUUUGAUUUCUUCAUUUUAUAAAGAAAUGUCUUUAAGACUACCUCGAAACUGGGACUUCAGCACCCUCAGAGCUGAAACUGCCAGGAUAGCUCGAUCCAAGAGUGUUAUGCCAGGGGAAGGAAGCCCUGGAUCCACUCACACUGGUUUUAGGAAAUCAAUGGAGAAACCUCUAAAGACGGGCUGGCUGAAGAAGCAGAGAUCGUUCGUGAAGAACUGGCAGCUGCGCUUCUUUGUCUUAAGAGGAAACGUCCUCACUUACCACAAAGAUGACAAAGAGAGUGCUCUUCAGGGUACCAUCCCUUUGUUCUCGUGCCAAGUAAAUGAGCUGCCGUCGAAUGCAGACGACAAAUUCCUGUUUGAGAUCGUGCCAGUUGGCUCUGGUGCUGCAGGUGGCAGUACAGAUCGGGAGCGGGAUGUCUAUGUUCUCAUGGCGACGAGUCAAAGUGAGAUGGAGGAGUGGGUGCGCUCCAUUCGCAAGGCCAUUGCAUCACGAUCUAGUGAAGUAUUUGGAAAAAGUCUCCCAGACAUCAUGGAGUACGAGAAGAAAUUCGGACAACACCUGGUGCCCAUCUUGGUUGAGAAGUGUGCAGAAUUUAUUCGAGUGCAUGGUCUGCAUGAGGAGGGCAUCUUUCGCUUACCGGGUCAGGACAACCAGGUGAAGCAGUUCAGAGAAGCCUUUGAUGCCGGAGAGAGACCGUCGUUCCCCAGUGACACAGAUGUCCACACGGUGGCGUCCUUACUCAAGCUGUAUCUCAGAGAGCUUCCCGAGCCUGUCGUGCCUUGGACUCAGUAUCAGGAUUUCCUGGACAGCACAGUGAUGCUGGAUGCAGCAACUGCAGCAGGCAAAGAGAAACUGGAGAAACAGAUCAGUCUUCUGCCGAAAGUGAACUACAACCUGUUGAGUUAUAUCUGCAGAUUUCUUUUUGAGGUCCAGAGGAAUUCAAAGGUGAAUAAAAUGAGUGUGGAGAAUCUGGCCACAGUGAUGGGAGUGAACCUAUUCAAACCUCAGGUGGAGGACGCUUUCAGUAUGAUGAAGGGAACUCCCAUGAUACAGAAGGUUAUGACGGUGAUGAUCAGACACCACGAGGUGCUCUUUCCACCCUCUAAAGACAAGCUCCCAUCUCCACUUCCCAGCAAAAAACAAAAGAGCAAGAAGACCAGUAACCCUCGCAGUUUUGUGGGCUGGGAGUCUGCUGAGUGUGAGGUAUCGUCUCUCUCCGAGUCUCCUGAGGAGGAAGAAGCAGACACACCUGAGGAUGAAAGCAGAGACACGUGCCCAUCAGAAGUCAGGUCAGACGAUGCACCUCCUUCUCCUUCUGCAUAUUCCCCCAUCACCGACACAUGGACCAGCAGCCCCAGAAAGCGGACGCAAACUCUACCCAGCUUGGGCUGUCCCCCUACUGUAAAAACAGGCCGUGAACAGGGUUGGGAUCGCUGGAGCAGGUUUCAGGAGAGCUUUAACGAGAGCGAUGAAAAGACGCUCUCAGAGGACAUCUUUAAAAUCCUUGACCUCCAGAAAGUGACGCUCUUUUCUGGUGGGCAGAAAAACGAAAAUGAUAAAGCGGAGUUAGAUAAGGAGCGAGAAAACACAGGUACUGAUGGUGUGGGCAAACAGACAGAUGCUCCAAAAGCACAGGUUCAGAGCACAGGCCCCUUGCCCCAGUCACAGAUGAGCAAAGAGGCGAGCGUGUCAAAUUUGGGAAGAGAGAAGCCAGACGGUGGAAAUGCUCUGCAGCAGAGCAAUGCGGGGGAAGCGGAAAACACAGCACACAUCAUCAAAAGUCUCCAAGAGAAGAACAGAGAGCUGGUCGCUACAGUGGCGGAGCUGCAGGCAGCUUUAGAGGCAGAGCGACGCAGCAAAGUUGCAUUAGAAAGUUUACUGCGCAAAGCCGAGCGCAGCAGGGAUGAAGCUCUCACACGCAAUGAGCAGCGGAACAUUCAAGGGUUCCUUAACAGGCCCACAGGUGGACCAUCAUAGUGCCAACAUCAAGAAAGCACAAAUCCGGUCCUUAUCCUAACCUCUCACGAAUCUUAAUGGACACCUUGAUCCUAUGAACUGCACUGAAUAACAUCUAUAAUGUACAUCUCAUAGUUCUGCCUAUGAUGUGACAGCAGUAGAAUGGAUACGGUACAGUAUGUGACACAUACAAAAAUUACAGAUCUGCUCUAGUUAUUCAGUUUCACAUUCAGACUGAUCUGUAAUAAAAACUUGAACUUCAUGAAACUAUAUUUCAGUAUUAGCCUGAGUAUGUAAGAGGUUUAUAAAUAGUAUUUAAUUACCGCCUGUCAAUUUUUUAAGGUAUUGAUUGGUGGAUAUCUAAAAAUAACUAUUCAGCAAAACUGUCUCCACAUGUCCACUGGUGCAAAAAACCUGCUUCGCUCAAGAUGCUUUAAUUGCAAUCUUUUGGGGAGUGUCUGUAAUAUAUACGAAGAGCUCAGAUGCAAAACCCUCUAAGUGCGUCUGACGUGUUUUCUUGUAAAUGAGCAUUUUUAUCAGGCUCUUUUUUUUAGGUUCAGUCAUUUCACUUUAAUGACAAUGAAAAGGUUGUUAAUCAGUAAUUGAAAUGCCUUAUUUUCGCAAAUAGUCAUUUAAUUGUUUUUUAACAAAUUUGACGGUCUUUUGCGGCAAAACCCUCUAAAUGCAUGCAUGCAAAAAGUUUCCAGUCACUCUUUACACAAAAGUAAAAGGCUCAAAAUUUAGGUCAAAAUCCUAAUAUAUUAGGUAAACCUCCUUUUGCAACUGGACAGCUGAAAUCCAAAGUAUGUGUGCUGUUGUUCAUCCAAUGUGCACUGAAAAAUCAGCAUGGUGUUUAAUGGAUUCUGCCAACAAACUGGUAUUGCUGAUUGAGGUUUAAGUGGAUUUGAAGUGAAAGUAUUUGAUGAACUUAAUAUACAUGCAGAGAGAAUUUGUACUCGAGAUUGCAUUUUGCAUCUGAGCUUUUUAUAUAUGUACCUAUUCAUAUUAUACACAUACAUUUGUAAAGCUAAACCGUGAACGUGAAGCAUUUGAAUUCUGAAUUAAUUGUACAAGCUUUAUUGACAACUAUCAGAAAAUUUUGCAACACCGACAGAAGUCAUUAUUGCUCCACAAAAACUAGCAAUUCACAUAUUGACAAACCAUCAUAAAAAUCUGGGAAAUUUGGCACCCGCUUGGCGCCAGUGGACAUGUUAAAGGUAGUUUUCACACCCCAGACUUGUAUAAACCUACGACAGAAGUCUUGUCCCAAUUAAAAAAUAUAUAUGAAGACUUUAAACAAAGUGUUGUGGCCCACAUUAAUAGUUUUAUUAUUUAUGUGAAAUCACCAGACUGCUUGUAAGACUGUAAACAUUUGGGUGUAAAGGACAAAAAGGACCAAAUGUGGAAUACCGUCAGUAAAUAAACAGUUUU